AUGUUCAACGAGCCAAAUGACGCUGACUUCCUGCGCAGCCUGACGUACAAGGUCUUGCCCAUUCGCGCCUCCUCCCUUCUUCCUCAUGGUAACCCCGAAUAUGAACCACACGCGCAUCUCGAUAAACGACACUACGUCGAACGAGAGCCAAGACCCAGACGCGGACGUCACGAAUAUACUAUCGGCUGGAUUUGCGCCAUAGUUACGGAAUACGUCGCCGGACAGGCGCUGUUUGACGAAGAGCACGAGCGCUAUCACGACCUUCCCUUGCAUGAUGCGAGCCACUAUACACUGGGCAGGAUUGGGCCGCAUAACGUUGUCAUGGCCGUGCUGCCAGAGUAUGGCACAUCGGCUGCGACAGCCGUCGCAAGGGAUAUGCUACAUAGCUUUCCCAACGUCCAGAUUGGUUUGAUGGUGGGCAUCGGUGGUGGCGCUCCGACCCAAAAGAACGACAUCCGCCUCGGAGAUAUCGUGGUUGGCACUGCUCGUGAUGGGCAGAGCAGUGUAGUUCAGUACGACUUCGGAAAGACCGUGCAAGGUCAAAGUUUUCGGCAAACCGGUUUGUUGAACCAGCCGCCAUGGCGCCUAAGCACCGCAGUCCACGGACUCCAGGCCCGGUACAGGAAAGACGGGCACCAAAUCGAAGAGACCAUCAGCGACAUUCUUGACGAUUACCCAAACUUGAAGAGUGAAUAUGCUCGUCCAAGUCUCGAUAGCGACAAGCUUUAUCGAAGCAGUGUUGUCCACCCUUCAAUGUCCGAAGGGCCCUGUGCCGCAGUUUGUGGGUAUGAUCCUUCAAAGCUUGUGGAACGACCUGCGCGGGCUGUAGACAAGCUUGUUGUUCAUUACGGAGCAAUUGCCUCAGCCAACCAGGUGAUGAAGGACGCCCUGACUCGCGACAAACUUGCUAUCGAAAACAACUUCUUGUGUUUUGAAAUGGAGGCUGCAGGCCUAAGCAACACCCUUCCUUGCUUGGUUAUUCGCGGCAUAUGCGACUACUCGGACUCUCACAAGAACAAGGCAUGGCAAGGGUACGCAGCCAUUGCUGCUGCUGCAUACGCUAAACAUCUCCUGAAUGAGCUUAGUCCGCUAUGUUCUCCCACGCCAGCUCCGACAUCAACUCAGUUGGGCAACCUGGAGGUUGCGGUUGAUGGGGAACACCUGAUUGACGAGCGGAGAAAGAAACUGCUGCAAUCAUUGACAUUCGACCAAAUCGAUGCUCGGCAAAUGACCAUCAAGAGAGCGCACGCCAAAACGUGCAAAUGGGUGCUGAAAAGUUCUCAGUAUCUUGACUGGCUGGAUCAUACCAAACGCGACACACACCAUGGUUUCUUGUGGAUCAAAGGAAAACCAGGAACGGGGAAAUCGACGCUGAUGAAGUUCAUCUCCACAAACUACCGGAAUAGAAAGCAGCAAAGCACUCUCAUCACCUUCUUCUUCAACGCACGAGGCGAGAAACUGGAGAAGUCCACAACAGGGAUGUACAGAUCGCUGCUUUUUCAACUCAUCGAAGGGUUUCCUCAGCUUCGGACGAUCUUAGACUAUCCAGCUCUGAUGACACCAAGCACCGGACCUCGAGAGUGGACCCUUGAAUCCCUCAAAGACCUUUUUGAAGAGGCAGUCUUGAACCUGAAGAAUGUGUCCGUGACAUGCUUCAUAGACGCUCUGGAUGAGUGCGACGAAGAUGAGAUACGAAACAUGGUAUCAUUUUUCGAACACGUUGCCGAAGCUACUACGCGGAAGAGCGUCAGCUUUCAGGUCUGCUUCUCGAGUAGACAUUACCCUUACAUCACGAUUUCGAAGGCAGUCAGCCUCAUUCUCGAAGGACAACAAGGGCACCAGGAUGACAUUAUCAACUAUGUGAGCAGCGAACUGAAGAUCGGGGAUAGCAAAGUCGUCCAGCAGAUCCGCCAUGAUCUUGAGGAAAAGGCGUCCGGAGUUUUCAUGUGGGUUGUUCUGGUCGUGGAUAUUCUCAAUAAGGAAUACGACGGCGGUCGCAUGCAUCGACUUCGACAAAGACUUCGAGAAAUCCCUGGCGACCUGAACACUUUGUUUCGAGACAUUUUGGUCCGUGAUCGCCAUCACAGGGAUGAACUGCUUCUUUGCAUCCAAUGGGUGCUCUUCGCGAAAGAGCCAUUGAGACCGGAGCAACUGUACUUUGCGAUAUUAUCCGGGGUUGAGGUCGAUUCAACCGUAGCCUUGUCUGACUGGGACCCUGAGGAUAUCACAGCCGACAUUAUGAAGAGAUUCAUCCUCGAUUCCUCCAAGGGCCUUACUGAAGUCACCAAAUCAAACACUCCGACAGUCCAGUUCAUCCACGAGUCAGUGAGAGACUUUCUUAUGAAGCAUGGCGGGCUAAAUCAAAUUUGGUCCGAGUUUGGGAGUAAUUUCAGCGGACAAUGUCAUGAAAGACUUAAAAGUUGCUGCAUCAACUAUCUAAAUGUUGCUACUGCCAUGGAAAUUGGCGAGACUCUCCCUCAUGCCUCAUCACAGGAAGCUAAUGAGCUGCGAGAAUCAGCAGAGAAGAAAUUGCCCUUUCUGCGAUAUGCGACCCAGCAAGUCCUGUAUCAUGCCGAUGCAGCAGAACAAUCAGGCGUAAGCCAACUUGAAUUUCUUCAAUCGUUCGAUCUUACCGAUUGGAUAAUUUUGGACAAUCUAUUCGAAAAGCAUAGAAUACGUCGGCACACCCCCAACGCCAGUCUCCUAUACAUCCUAGCAGAGCACGACAGAGCAAAGCUCGUCAGCAUCGACCGCUCAAAGCUGGACUGUUUCAAACUCGAAGACGAGAGAUAUGGGGCUCCAAUACUUGCAGCUCUGGCCACUGGGAGUUCUGAUGCUCUACGUGCAUUCUUGACGGCCCACAAAGAGGCCAACCCCAACAGCGCAGCACUCAAAGACUUUGAAACUCCAGACCGUCAGCAAAAGACAACACUGAUCAAGCCGUCACGGGACUUCAAAUUCGCGGCAAAAAAGGGUAUCUUAGCCAAUGCCCUUGAACUUGGCAACGAAACGGUCAUUGUCCUUCUCCUCGAGCUAGGGAGGGGUGCUAAUUGUCUGGACCAUCAAUCCAGGGCGCCAAUUUCAUACGCCGCUGAGAGAGGUACCCUGCAUGUCUUCCGAUUCCUGCUUGCGAAUGGCCAAUUUUACAUUGACCAAGGGGACAAUAAUGCUACUUCUGGGAACUGGUGGAGUCGAUAUCGAUCGUAG